GAUCUGGGAAGCGGCAGCGCAUAUAAGUCAAGUGGAGCGACAAGAAAUGCAAGCAUUGCCCCAAAGCAAUCCAAACCUAAACGUGCUCAAACGAACGCGACGCGAUACCAAAUAUCCAUAUAUAUCCGCAUUAGCAACACUCGCAGCAGGAUUACCCAAGGAUAACUAAUACGAAACAUUUAAGAAUGCAUUCCAUAACGGCUCCAAUUGUGCUCGGCUGUGUCGCCGCUCUACUGGUCGUGGCCCAGGCCCGUCCUCAAUACGGCUAUGAGCAGCCGCAGCCUGGCGAUUUGCUAGUGGGCGGCGGUGGCGGCGUUGGAUUGCCCAAUGCCGGCGGGCAGUUCGUGGGUCAGCUGCCGGUGCCACAUCGCGGCGGCGACAAGUAUUUGCCACCUGCCAGCACGACGCCAGCGCCCAUCAUCAAUAAGAAGUUCUAUUUGGUGUCUGCGCCGGAGGAUCGCAGCAAUGAUGGCAAAGUGAAGCAUUUGGUGCUCGGCAGGCCUCAGAAGAACUACCGCGUGGUGUUCAUCAAGGCGCCGGCUGGCGACAAUGCCAACGUGAAAUACUCGGCCGAGUUUGCGCCACAGGAGGAGAAGACUGUCAUCUAUGUGCUGAGCAAGAAGGAUAACGAUCUGGAUGCUGGAGAUAUUGCAACGCCCGCGCCCACACAGCCCAGCAAGCCGGAGGUGUUCUUCAUUAAAUACAAGACCGACGACGAGGCCAACCAGGCACAGAAGGAGAUUCAAGGCCAGUACGACAAAUUGGGCGGCACCAACGAGUUCCAGGAGGAUAACAAUGCGCCCAUCACCUCCGUUAUCGGCAGCCUCGAUGGCCUCAAUCCCGAUGGUAGCUACAACUAUCGCCAGAUCAAUCGCCCGAACGCCCAGCCCAGUGCCCAGUAUCUGCCCAGUGCGCUUAACCUUUAAGCUGAACGAUAGUUAGAAAGGAUCUACAAACAGUUUUCUGCCCCGCCCACAUCCCCCCCCACUUCAGUCCUUUACUCCAACGAACUUGUUAUUGUGUUGUUUAGUUUUAAGCACCUUUUUUUUUGCUUGAAUUUUUUUUU